AUGGAUGAUUUUGGAAUAGAUUUAGAUAAACUUUUAGAUGAUUUCGAGCUGAGAGAAAACGAGAAUGAUGUUACAUAUGUAAAUGGCUUUUCUGACACUAAGAUCCAGAGUCUGGAACCCGAAAUAGAUAGUUUCAAGGAAGCACCAACUAAUUAUGUUACUACUAAUACUAACAUUCCGAAUGGAUUUGUGGAUGAGAAUGGUAAAAAAUCUGUAAGUGCUCAUUUGUUUUCCAAAAUAAAUGAAUUGGUAGGAAAACCAACCUUAGAAUCACCACCAGUACUGGAAACCCAUCUCUCAGAAAGCAGUGAUAGUGAAUAUAAUAGUGAUACACCAUGUAGAGUCAAUAAAAAUUUGUUAAAUUAUCAUAUUGAAGCAAACUUCUCAACAGAUCAUAAUAGUCCUAUUAAUAGUGAGGCAAACAACAUCAACUUUCAUGAACACUUAUUGGACAACUACGAAAAUGAGUCAUUAGACUUAUACAGAGAAACAUCAAACAGUGUUAUUUCCAUUGAAAAUGUUAAAUUAGAAGCGGUGAGUACCUCACCAAAAUCUAUAGAACUUGGUGAGUCACAAAUUUUUCAAUAUGAUGGAAACACUGCAGUACAUAAAGAUAAAAAAUCUGAUGAUGAUGCCAGAUUUGAAGAAAAUUUUAUUAUUGAUGCUGAAAAAUACAAAUUAUCUAAUGUUAUCAACAAUAUUGAAAAAUCACCAAAGGAUAAAAAUAACGAUUGUGAUAAGGUUGGAAAUGUAAUUAAUGACAAUGAAAUUGUAAUUGAAGCUCUUGAUGAUACAAAAACAUUAGAUCUCUCUUAUAAUGAUCUGACAGAAACAGGAAAGGAUGAUAUUGUUUGUUUGGAAAAUUUAAGUAAACUCGAUAAUGCAAUCAGUCUGCAAGGUUUACUUGAGGAAGAUUUCUUGAUGGAAAAAUCCGAAGAAGACGCUUCUAAUUUUUAUGGUGAAUUCAUAAAAAUCAACACACAUACCUUAAAUUGUGAGGUUCAAUGUCAAGAGAAACCUGUGCAAUGUGACCAGUUGAAUGGUGGUCCAACUGAAAAUGUUCACAAUGUUGAACAGGAUGAUUGUGCUAAAUUUGUGGAUGAUGUCAAAGAACAGAAUGGUGAAAAUCAUGAUCAUAAUAAAAAUAUCGAUGUUCUUUGUGAAAGCAAAGAUAAAAACAAAGAUUAUGAUGACAAGAAGAAUUGUGUAAAUGAGGAUGGUGGCGAUGAUGAGAGGAAUGAUGGAGAUGAGAAGAAAAGUAAAGAUAAUUAUGACUCGGAAGAUGAUGAGAUUUUAAAUUCAUUAAGGCAAGAGGCUGCUGGCUAUCUCAACUUUUUAAAUAACACACCCAGCAUUUUUGUUGGCUCAAAAGACAUCAACAACAUUGAAAUUCCUUAUGAUGAAGAAAGUAUAAAACAUGAUGAUGCUUUGGGUUGUCUGAUUGAUGAAAAGUUACAUCAAUUUGAUGAAAAAGAUGAUGAAGAAUGUGGAAAUUUAAACAAUUUGGAUGCACUGGAAUCGGCUUCAUUAAAGCACAUUCACGUGACUACAUCUUCAUCUUUGAUUGAACCGACAGAAAUCAUUUCUACACUUUCAGUCACAGCAACCUCAUCAACUUCACUCACAUCAUUGACAUCAAUGUUACCAACAUUACCAAUGUCAUUAUCAUCAUCUGCAGUGACGUUUUCAUCAGCAGUACCAUCAGUUAUUUCAACAACGUCUGUACCACUGGUGAGCCUACCGCUAGCAAUUACAUCAGUAAUGACGUUAUCACCUUCUUCAAUGAUGUCUUUUGUGACAUUAUCAACAACAGCAAUAUCACCAAUAGAAACAGCAAGACAGUCAUCUCCAAAGAAAGACACACUGCCAACCACAGCCGCAAGGAGGACAGUUGUGGGUCAGGAACCUGAUGAAACCCCUCUUAAAAACUCAUUAUCAACAUCUACGUCACUCUCGUCGUCUUUAUCACCGUCAUCUUCGUCAUCAUCAUCACCAUCAUCACCACCAUCAUCAUCAUUAUAUGUUCCACCAACAUCCACAGCCCAACCACUCAUUUCAUCUUCACUAAUGCAACUUUCAUCACAAAUGACUACUGCAUCAUUAUCUUCAUCGUCAUCAUCAUCCUCUGCAUCAAUUUCUAUGCAGCAAGAGGCAUCAGAAAACUUACCAGAAGAAUGCCAACAAAAUCAGAAUUUAAAACAGUCAACAAAUGAAAAAGUUGAUGAUGUGAUUCAACUUCAACUACAGCAAUACCAAAUACAACAACAUCAACAGCAACAACAACGUCAACAACCUGUUACUCAGCAGCAACAAACUUCAUCAUUCAGACGAGAAAGGCACAUACAACAGCGCCACAAACAGCAACAAUUAUUGCAAGAACAACUUUUGCAGCAACUUAAACAUGAACCACCAACACAGCCCCCUGAUAAAACCUCAAAACCACCUUGCAGUUUGCCAGUUUUGCACCACCACCAACAAACUGCAUCACUCCCUGUUGAUCAGCUGUCAGUUCAUUCUCAAGACCAACUUGUACCAUCUCUAUUGCCACCAACAAUCCAUUAUCUUCCCCAAGAACAACAGCAGCAGCUGCAACCUGUAGUCCAACAAUCGCAUGAGCAUUAUCUGCCUCAACUUCAUACAUAUCAGUACCAGCUUGGUGAUGACCAAUUAAAUGCAGAAACGGAACAGCAGCCAACCACACAGCCAACCACACAACCAACCACACCAUCAUCAACCACACCACAACUGAUUACACCAACAGAACCACAACUAGCCACACAAACAACCUCUCAAACAACCUCACCACAAUCCACACCACAACCAGCCACGCAAAUGGUACUACCACAGCCAACCACACCACAGCUAACCACACCACAGCCAACCACACCACAACCAACCACACAAGCAUUACCACCGCCUCAAUAUGAACAGCAGCUCCCACCACCGUACCAACUUCGAUCUCCAUCAACAACAACAACACCACGACUUCAAUUCCCACCACCUAGAUGUUCCAACAUCGAUCUCCCGAUCACAGAGUUAGGAAAAGUGUCUCCAGCCUGGCUGCCUGAUUCGUCUACCAUGAAGUGCCUGCAAUGUGAUAUACCAUUCUCAUUCCUGAGGAGGAGACAUCACUGUCGAGCUUGCGGCCUGAUAUUCUGCAGUGUGUGCUGCAAUGUGAGGCACCCCCUGGCAUACAUGGACAACAGGGAGGAGAGGGUCUGCUGCAAGUGCUUCGUAGAUUUCAACAGAGCAUCUAGCUACCACAACUUGUCUCAUCAGCAGCAGCAGCAGACCUCGCCGUCAUCUUCUUCUUCCUCCCCGCAAAUGCCACCACCAGCAUCAUCUUUGGCUUCAUCCUACUACCGACCCAACCCUAACAAUCCUAGUGAGUACUGCUCUACGAUUCCUCCUUCUCUGCAGGCUAGUCCAGCUGAACCUCUCCCGCCUGUCUUGGUUCCCACUGGCGUCCUCAGGAAACACGGAACAACUCGACAGAGCGGUGAAGCCAAGCAGGUGAUAUUUUCUGAUGGCAUUCGACCAGGGGGGGACCUCACCCAUCUCGAUGGGCGUGCCGAGGGGGCUGGUGGAGUGGCUGGUAGACGUAGAAAAGCCUACCAAAUCAGGGCAGAGGUGACGGACGAUGAUGUCAUUCAUCAACUCCUCAAAGGUGAACAAGUCGACCUCUGCAUUCAUCCUGACGUCAUCAUUCACGCCAAAAUUAUUAAAAGUGAAUAUAAAUUUAUUAACAGUUUUUUGUUAUUUAAUGCAUCGGCUACAAGGGAAACAAAAUGGGAAAAAGCUCAUAUGGAAAAGACAUGUUGCAUGAUGAAGCAGUGUCUGUACAUGCAGUCGGACGGCUUGUACUGCGUGGGUCAGGAUGAGGUCAUCUUCCUCGUAGAGACGUCCACCGAAGAAAGCACCACCAACAGCGGUCAACACUCUGCAAUUGUUGAUGCCAUGCUGCUGGUACUGCAUACUAUCGCUCAGAUUUACCAGUCUGCUCUCUCAGGCUGCCCGGUAAAGGAGUUAGGACUGACCAUAAUGCCCUCCUCACUUAACGGCAAGAGCAGCAGCAGUAGCAGAGGCUUCCUCUACAUCAAGCAGACGUUUCAAUGCGUUCAACAUCUCACCCUACCCCCACCUCCGUAUUUAUUUGCUGUCUACGUACACAGCAAUGAACUGAUGUGGGCACAUGCCUUUCCUCUCAGGCUCGUCUUCAGACUUGGGGCUGAAUUCAGAUAUUAUCCAUGCCCCCUGGUGAGCAGAAUGAACCGUCCCGCUGUGUACGGUGAAGUUGGUCACACAAUCAUGAACUUGUUGGUUGACUUCAGGAAUUUCCAGUACACUAUGAACAAGAUUGAUGAUCUUGUCAUUCAUGUUGAGGAGAAGAAGACGACUGUAAUCGUUCCUGCUUACAAUAUAAACCAGGUGAGGAAGUUGGUAUCGGAUAGUGACGAGCAUGUUGUGGCAAUAUCAGGCAACUUCAGCUCCAUGGCUGAUUCUCAUCUCGUGUGCCUGCAGAAUUCUGAGCUCAACUAUCAAACGCAGGCCAUCAACAUACAGGGCAGACCUAGGAGUGUGACUGGAGCCUCAUUCAUCGUGUUCAAUGGGGCACUCAAGUCAUCCCUGGGCAUGAGGGCCAAGUCAAGCAUCAUAGAGGAUGGACUGAUGGUCCAGCUGACACCUGAUGAUAUGGUCAGGUUGAAGCAGGCUCUCCUCAAUUCAACCAGCUUCACAAUAAAAUGUGGAUUGUUGAAGCCUACAGACGCCACACACGACGCCGGGAGUGCAGUGGCUGACACUGAUGAUGUCGUCGAAAUUAAAUGGAUGUCCACCAGACCUGAUAAAACUUUUGAUAUCAGAAGUCCAAUAGAUGGGCUGAAUUUGAGCAGUUAUCCGUGCGUACAACUGCACAACAACAGCAACAACAAAAAACAUCUUCAUAAAUCAUCAAAGUUAAACUUGGAUAUAAUAUGUGUGUGCUUGUAUUACCUGCACAAAAACCAGAAAUCAUCUCCAUUUCCAUCGGAUUUGUCAUCAGAUGCGGAGUUAGAGAAAGUCGUGGGAGACUUGAUCCACUGUUGUAGGAAAGCCAUGUUUGCUGAGUUAUCUACAGCAAAAUGUUCCUCUCAUACUCGCGUUUGCCUGAGGAUUCAUGUUGGGUUGGACCAGAUUGGUUACGAAACUGGAACGAACUCAAGCAUAAAACUAUCGCAGUCUUGCUUGUUCACACUGGAUGACACGAUCAUACCACUGCUGCACCAGUCAGGUCUGUCCAGCAGGUCUAUGCAGGUCGACAUGGAGAUGGUCUUUGUCGUUAUGAGACCGGUUGACCAAACUACUUGAACAUGAUUCAUUUACCUACCAAUCUUUCUGUAAAUAUAACGUUCUUUAUUAUUUAACAUGCAUUUUCGAUGAAGUUAUAAUAUUGUUUAGUUAAACGGGGGUCGUCAGAAAAUAUAUUUUUUUCUUAUUUAAAAUCUUUUGGUUUGAUUAAAAAAAAAAUUUUCAAAAGAGUAACUACAAUUAUUAAUCAAUAAAUUGAUUUUUUUUCUCGAUUGAUACACCACGAAUGUUUAAAUGUUAAUAGCAAAAUUGUAUGACCUGUGCAAAUCAAUAAUAAUGCGUAGUCGCAACAUUUCACUGCUAGAUUGUUCGAUGCAUAAUGUCUUAUCAUUUUUUCCACAUUAUAUACAUUAAUAAUUGCUUAAUUAAAAACUUUUACCCAGUUAGCAAGUGUAGUUUAACUUUUCUUCAGAUGAUGAACACCUUCUACAUUACCACAGGAUUAUUUAAGCAUUAUUUAAUUAUGUUGCUUUCCUAAUUGUUGAGUGAUGACGGCAAUGAAUGGUAAUUUUGUAAAUUUAUUUUUUUAUUAACAUUUUGGAAAAAUUAAUUUGUGACUAUUGGAUCAAUUUUUUGAUUAUCCUUACCGUUUGUAAAUGUUCACAACUGCAACUGUUUACAGACUAACUUUAUGUUUAAAAAACUGAUCAUUUUUGUUCACUUUAUUUGAGACAUUCAUCUAUUACAUCAGCAAUUUAUUUCCGAUUAUUAUUAUUAUAUAUUUAAUAUGUUUUGCAGGAAAUACUCAA